AUGGGAAGGAGCGAACCAUUUGUGUUUCUCGAAGAGGUGAAGGAUGACUUCAUGCAACACUAUGAUGAUAGUAUCAAAAGCAAUGAUCCACACCCUCUUGCCGAGGAUGACUAUGGCGAUGAUGAUUUGUUCGAUGAUCGAAUUAGCAUUGCAUACAAUCUUGAUCGUGAAUUUGGGUGUUUAUAUGUCGUUAUUCUUAAGAAAAUGCUUGAUGAAUUAUAUUCUCUACUGACCAUGCAUUUUUCUCGACCUAAUAUUGAGUUCAUCGACUUAAUGUCCUGUUUUGUUAUAUCGGGUCGAGGCUUAAAGACCACAUGCAAUAUUGUAUAA